AUGGGGCGUGGAGCACAGAGGCACGCAAAGCGAUGGGCUCCUGACAGAGAUGAAGAGGCCGUCCUGCUUGGUGCGGUGCAGCGGCGGCAGAGGCAGCAGAGCCAGAGGAGAACAGGUGAGAAGGGCUGGGCUGCUGGAGCGCAGCGCGGGGAGCGCAGCGCGGGGAGCGGAGGGCGGCGGAGGGAGGCUCCGUCCAGGGACCGCGCCGGGGCCGAGAGGCCCCAGGACCCGCGGAGUCCUCCGAGUCCUGAACGGCAGCGGCCGUCGGGGGACCACCAGGAUACUGCUGGAUUCCGUGGCUCUGGAGUCGCCAAGAUGCCCAUCCGAGAAAAAGCCCCCCAGAAGAUGGCAGCAAGAACUCCCAGCAGUGAGGAAGAGACUGGGCUGCCCAAACUUCCAGUGCCCCCACUGCAGCAGACCCUGGCCACCUACCUGCGCUGCAUGCAGCACUUGGUGCCUGAGGAGCAGUUCAAGAAGAGCCAGGCCAUCGUGCAGCGGUUCGGGGCCCCUGGUGGCCUUGGCGAGACCCUGCAACAGAAGCUCCUGGAACGGCAGGAGAAGACAGCCAAUUGGGUGUCUGAGUACUGGCUGAGCGACAUGUAUCUCAAUAACCGCCUGGCCCUGCCUGUCAACUCCAGCCCAGCAGUGAUCUUUGCCCGGCAGCACUUCCAAGACACCAACGACCAGCUGAGGUUUGCAGCCAACCUCAUCUCCGGAGUGCUGGACUACAAGGCCCUGCUGGACAGCCACUCCAUCCCCACCGACUGUGCCAAGGGCCAGCUGUCAGGGCAGCCCCUCUGUAUGAAGCAAUACUACGGGCUCUUCUCCUCCUACCGGCUCCCCGGCCACACCCAGGACACGCUGGUGGCCCGGAAGAGCAGUGUCCUGCCCGAGCCUGAGCACAUCAUCGUGGCCUGCUGCAACCAGUUCUUUGUCUUGGAUGUUGUCAUUAAUUUCCGCCGUCUCAGUGAGGGGGAUCUGUUCACUCAGUUGAGAAAAAUAGCCAAAAUGGCUUCCAACGAGGAUGAACGCUUGCCUCCAAUCGGCCUGCUGACGUCAGACGGGAGGAGCGAGUGGGCUGAGGCCAGGACGGUCCUCGUGAAAGACUCCACCAACCGGGACUCACUGGACAUGAUCGAGCGCAGCAUCUGCCUGGUGUGCCUGGACGCCCCGGGAGGCGUGGAGCUCAGUGACACCAACAGGGCUCUCCAGCUCCUCCACGGCGGAGGCUGCAGCAAGAACGGGUCAAACCGCUGGUAUGACAAGUCUCUGCAGUUUGUGGUGGGCCGAGACGGCACCUGCGGUGUGGUGUGUGAACACUCCCCAUUCGACGGCAUCGUCCUGGUGCAAUGCACGGAGCACCUACUCAAGCACAUGAUGCAGAGCAGCAAGAAGCUGGUACGAGCCGACUCCAUCAGCGAGCUCCCCGCCCCCAGGAGGCUAAGGUGGAAAUGCUCCCCAGAAAUUCAGGGCCUCUUAGCCUCCUCGGCAGAAAAACUUCAACGAAUAGUAAAGAAUCUUGACUUCACUGUUUAUAAGUUUGACAACUAUGGGAAAACAUUCAUUAAGAAGCAGAAAUGCAGCCCCGAUGCUUUCAUUCAGGUUGCCCUCCAGCUGGCCUUCUACAGGCUCCACGGGAGACUCGUGCCCACAUACGAGAGUGCGUCCAUUCGCCGAUUCCAGGAGGGCCGGGUGGACAACAUUCGGUCGGCGACUCCAGAGGCACUGAGCUUUGUGAAAGCCAUCACUGACCACGAGGCUGCGGUGCUGGAUUCGGAGAAGCUGCUGCUCCUGAAGGAUGCCAUCCGAGCCCAGACCGAGUACACCGUCAUGGCCAUAACAGGAAUGGCCAUCGACAACCACCUGCUGGGGCUGCGGGAGCUGGCCCGGGACCUGUGUAAGGAGCUGCCCGAGAUGUUCACUGACGAAACCUACCUGAUGAGCAACCGGUUUGUCCUCUCCACCAGCCAGGUGCCCACAACCAUGGAGAUGUUUUGCUGCUAUGGUCCUGUGGUGCCCAACGGGUACGGUGCCUGCUACAACCCCCAGCCAGACAGCAUCCUUUUCUGCAUCUCCAGCUUUCACGGCUGCAAAGAGACCUCUUCUACCAAGUUUGCGAAAGCUGUGGAAGAAAGCCUCAUUGAAAUGAGAGACCUCUGCAGUCGGCCACAGUCUGCCAUGGGCAAGCCACUGGUGACAAAAGAAAAGGCAACAAGGCCCAGCCAGGGGCACCAACCUUGACUGCUG